AUCAGGAAGAGAAAGGUGUUGGCCGGGUGGGGAGCCUGAGACGUCUAUUUCGUAAGUGGGUGAAGAAGAAGAAGAAGACUGAUCCAAGAUCUUUGUUGGUGGCUCUCAAGUCUCAGGUCUCAAGGAGGGAAGGACGCCGCCAUGGCCUUCGCCGGAACAACCCAGAAAUGCAGGGCGUGUGAGAAGACCGUGUAUCUAGUGGAUCAGCUCACCGCCGAUAACCGUAUCUACCACAAGGCUUGUUUCCGAUGCCAUCACUGCAAAAGUACCCUCAAGCUUGGCAACUACAAUUCCUUUGAGGGAGUUCUGUACUGCAGGCCUCACUUCGACCAACUCUUCAAGAGAACCGGUAGUCUGGACAAGAGCUUUGAAGGGACACCAAAAAUUGUGAAACCAGAGAGACCUGUCCACAGUGAGAAAGCUGCAACCAACAAAGUCUCCAGUAUGUUUGAAGGCACCAGAGAGAAAUGCGUGGCUUGUGAGAAGACUGUGUAUCCAAUUGAGAAGGUUGCAACGGAUGGAAGUGCGUACCACAAGAGCUGUUUCAAAUGCAGCCACGGAGGAUGCGUUAUAAGCCCAUCCAAUUACAUUGCUCACGAGGGGAGACUCUACUGCAGGCACCACCACACCCAGCUCUUCAAGGAGAAAGGCAAUUACAGUCAACUUGAAGAUGAGCAUGAGAAACCACUGGCGGCCAAGAAAUUCACGGCCACAGAAGUCGCUGCCGAAUCAUAAUUUACCCUUGUUUCAUAAGACCUUAAUCCUUUCUUUUCUCUUUCU